CCGCCUUUGACCGGAACACCCAAGGCGCGUCCCCAGCUAGCUCUGAAGUUGUUGCUACAUGGAUCAUCUUUUGAGGUGUCAACUUGCGUGGCCUGACCCCCUCAUUUCCGCAACAUCGCGCGUCGUCUCGGAAAAUAUGGGACUCAGCAUCCACGAACGUGUUUGACAGCAGCAACCUGCACGUGUGGUGACAGGUGCCUUGAAGUACUUGAAUGAGUAACGAAAGGGCGAUGGUAAAAAGACAGGGCAAACGUCAACCUCAGCAGACGGAUGUUCGUUCACCGUCUCCACACAUCCUCUCCGUAACCAAACUAGCCGCGCAAGCAGUCCCUUGGAACAUGCAGCCAGGAGAUGGGUUCCUGAAUUGGGUUGUUGAUGGCCUGAGCACUGUGCGCGUGAGCGACCUGCUGCACAAAGACUACGGGUUCGGCUGCAGGAAUCUCUAGAUACUCGUUACUGCUUUGAACUGUGGCAUGCUUUCUUCAAUGUCUUUGGUAUGAGUUCUUGCGCCACUGGCCCAACGCUCUUCAGGUCUUGGUUCUCGUGGUUUAGAGGGUCUCUCCUCCUCCGAUUGGUCGGCCUACCCACAGCGCUUCUAGCCCUUUAUCUCGAAGUCUACGGCAGCUCCCCAGCCGCCGCCUCGCUUAUUCUUCACCGACUCGCUCGCCGCGCUCGUCUCUCAACCAUUCUCUGUGCUCUCAAGGAGGGACAGUAUACGAGCAAUUCCAUCUUCUACCUUGGAGGAGCAGACUCCAUGGACAGAGCACAGACACCGACAACCCUGCAUGACAAAGGGGCGGACCCGUCAUCCCAGUCGACAUUAAUAUCUCCCGACGCCCCCAACUCGAACACUUCUUUUCAACCCUCACCAACCAAGACGAUGCCGUCGCAUUCUCGAUCCAAGACGGUCGACAUCGUUGGCCAAGGCAAACGCCUAUCGCUGCAGUUCCCUAUUCAGCCAAGCGCAAGCAUCAGUUCCCCGACUUCGUCGACACGAUCGCGCCCGCAAUCAUGGAUGAAUGGAGCAACGUCUGUGCAUUCACCAGAGCCUGAGGAUGCCACCUCCGAGACAAACAUCAUGGCGGUUCUUGCUGCUCAAGAGCGCUAUGUGCUCGAACUGAAGGAAGAGCUGACAAAAGCCGAGGCGGAUUUGAACAUGCUCAAGACACAUUGGGCCCAUCACGAAGCUAACAAGCGUCGCAACGAGGUGCGCAAGGUUGCUGCGCUGCAACCACUGGACACGUCGCUUGCCAAUACUCCAGCGGGCCAAUAUGAGGACGACGGUUCAAACCUGUGGAUGCAGAAAGAGAUGGAGCGUAGAAGGGCCCUGCUGAACCCCACCAAGACGUCUCAAAGAAAGGUCUUUAGCGGUUCGCGACAUCUACGAACGCUAUCCCUGCUUUCCCCCGAUCGUCUCCAGUCGCCGUCAUUCCCCCAGCCACUCGAUUUACAGGAUGACCACUCUGCCGACUCUCGACCACAGCUCCCUACGAGGGCUUCCACUUCGUCAGAUAUCACACGACAAGUUGUCAACGCUGGUGAACACGACCGGUAUGACAUGGGUGGCAUGCCAACGAUACAGCGUGAACAGCUCAUCCGCGCCGGCACACAGAUGGCGGCAGACUUCAAGAAGGGGCUGUUUACAUUUAUGGAGGAUAUCCGACAAGCAACUGUGGGCGAUGAGGCUGUCAACACGGCAGAAGGUAACCCCGGCAUGACAAGUGUCAAGAGCCUUUCAAAGUCUGGCCGAAAAUCGUCCGACGGUCGCCCAGCCCUUAGUCGGUCCGCCAGCUCGAAGAAAAACACCCAACAGCUAGGAUCCAUCGGCGACGACUUCUGGAAGGAGAUGGGUCUAAGCGAGCCCAAGACCACUACGGUCAACAAGAAGACGCACGCUCUCAAGAACACAACUACCCCGCAAAAACAGAUUCGCAAGGUUGCAUCAGAAGAGGAUUGGGACAACUGGGACACACCAAACGAGUCACUCCUCGUCGAUUUGGGAGACUCCAAGGACAGCUCAGACGAAUCGGAUGCGCAGACAUCGCCGGUUUCUGGUCCAGGUAGCUCGCGAACAAGUACCAGCACCAGGUACCACUCGAGGCGUCACGACUCCAAAGCAUCAUCGCUUACCUCGAUUACCCAAGAAGACAUGACUCCUCGAGACCAGAAGCGCAGCUCCAUUCCUUGGCCUGAUAUGACCAAAGUGUCGCCGAGCAACUUGAAGCGUACCGCAUCGCAUCUGAUGAGGGAAUGGGAGAAGCAACUCACGCCACCUCCGGAGUCGAGGACUGAGGACUACUCGCACGGCGAUUUUAUGAACUGAACGUUUGAUACGGUAGUUGCUUUUAGCGAUUUAGCAUUAUGACGCAACGCCAUUAACAGCAUUGUCUAAUUCAGUAUUGCAGAACUUGUUGAAGAGGUGGCUUGAAGUGUGGAAAAGUUCUAGAGAUAGCAUGGCGUCGGCGUAAUGGCAUAUUCUUGGAC